AUGGCUCACCUACUACAAGCGUUCAAUAACCAAGUCAAUAUGACUGUUGCAUUGAACUGGAACAAAGACACAGUGAAUUUGACAUUUGCGUACUUUGAGAGAUAUCUCACAGAAAAUUUUCAGAUCAUCCAGCAGUUUGACGACUUCUGCACCAAUCCCGUUCUUUAUGGUGUGAUACAUGAUGCUAAUACUCUACGCUCUCUCAAGGAUGUCGUUGACCGAAUCAAAGAAUUUUGUAAAGAUGGUUCCUGUUAUUUCUACAGAGGGGACAGACGUCUCUUGCAAGUCUCGUAUCAAGGUUAUCCAUUCAAACUCGACUCGCUAUUGGAUUCGUCUUCUCUGUCACGGGAACUACACCCCCCUUAG